UAUCAUUGAAAUUUGAUGUGGUUCUCACAAAUUAGAAUGAAAGUAGUACCGUGCCAUUUGCUUACUUGACACCCCUGCAAUCGUCAUGAAACAAAAGAACAUUUUGAGUUCGUUUUCUUUCUUUCUGGGAAGGUGCAGGAGGAAGAAAAGCACAGCGUGACCCAGAUGAACAUUGAAGGGAAAAAAGGCAUAAACUAAUAUUCUCCCAGCACCCAUUUGCAAUGUUUAUAUAAUAUUUUAAACGCAAGUCCCAAAAGCGAAGAAAGCUACAAUUUUUAACUCUGGGAAUCCACAGGCAAUUUGAAUUGGGAAUAGGGUUCAACAAUUAAACAAAUCCAAGUCAAGUUUAAACGGAGCUCACGAUGUGAAGAAUAAUAUUAAUCAUAGUUGAUCGAUGAUUAUUCUUCUCUCCCAAACCCACAUGUCUUCGUAGGAAUCGAAUCCAGCUUUUUAAUAGAGUGAAUCUUUGAGGAAACGUCAAAGAAAGAGCCUUGAGUGAAUCAAUGGAAAUUACAAUUACCAUAGGUAAAUGCUUCGGCACCUUAAUUUUAAUUAAUUUUUCAAUUCAUGUCAAUGUGGCCCCACACAACAGCUCAAAGAGAUAAGAAACUUCUUUCUGUCAUUUGGGUUUAAACGAGGGAAUGGGAAUAUAGCCUUUUCUUUUCUCGUGAAAAGUGGCAUAAAGAGAAACCUCACCGCAUGAACCGAUUGAAGAGAAGAGAAGCUUACCUAUGAAAGUGGCAAGUAAUUAUAUAGUACAUAAUUUGGAGGGCAAUUAUCUGUGUAUACUUGUUAAUACAGAUAAAUUACAGAAAAAUUAGGAAACUUCCUUGCUAGUCCUUAUCAUCAUUGAGAAAAAUGGACCGUUUUGAACAGAUAAUUGUUGUUUAUAUGCUAUAUUAAAAUUUGGUGCAAUUUAUGUCUCUAAAUUGGGCUUAUUCUUGGUGUCUAUCUCCAACUUGGUAAAAAGCUAUUUCAACAAGCGGUUGACUAACUAGAAAACAAAUGGAAAAGGUUUAGCUGGUUUUUCCCAAUUCAGGAUAUAUGCAGUUAGGAAUGGUAUCUCCUUCAAAACAAUGAUAGACACUUUGGGAAGGAAGUCUCAACUACUACUACAAAGGAAGAGACUCAAAGAAGAGGAGGAUGAUGACCAACACAUUCAAGGCACCAAGUCAUCUUUCUAUUUGAGUAGCUUCCAAGAGUUAUUCCUUAUUCUCUCUUAUCUGCUGUCUUCACAGAAUCAACCAACCCACCAUGGUGGAAAGUCCUCCUAAAUUCAAAUUCACAUUCAUCUUCUUCAUCAUCUUCUCCCUCUCUCUUGGCUUAGUUUCCUUCUCCUUGUGCAUAGCCUCUGAGAUUAAGAGGAACAAGAAGGAGGAUCUCAGAUGGAAUGGGAGACUGUGUCAUUUACCGUCAAGUCCAGCAUUUGGAUUGGGAAUUGCAUCAUUGGUUUGUUUGGCUUUGGUGCAGAGCAUUGGGAAUUCUAUAUUGUUCAAGAAUUGCUGUUCAGGAGGGAAAAGAAACGCACGGUUUAAGAUACCUAUCGUUGCAAGGAUUCUGCUUUCGAUCUCUUGGGUUGGGUUUGGAAUUGCAGUUAUUUUAUUAAUUGCUGCGACAAGCAUGAGCAAAAGGCAAGCAUAUGGGGAAGGGUGGUUGAAAGGUGAAUGCUACCUUGUCAAAAAAGGGACAUACGCUGGUUUAGCCAUAUUGAUUUUUGUUACGGUAGGAUCAUUAAUUGGUUCAGGUUUGUUAACAAUGAAGAGCAAUAAGGCAGAUCAGGGUCACAAAAUACACGCACAAACGGGUGAAACUAGGGAUUAAAGAAUUUGUACAUGGAAAGCAUAUAGUAAAAUGCAGAGUCAGUUUUGGUGCAAACCAAGGAGCUAUAAAUUGGAUUGAGGAUCAUCAACUACUGUAGAAAGAAGCCUUAAAUGUUGCAUAGAGAAAGAUCGAAGACCGAUGACAGAAAGAAAGGUGCUGAAGACAACAAAAGAUGUUUGAAUUGUUUGUCAAAUUUGCCGAGAAUAACUACAUUUUUUUCGACUUACAUGAUACGAAAGAGACAUUUGUUUUGUAUACAUUCUCCCCGAGGUAGAAACUGCCUCAUACAGGAACUCAUUUUGGAUCCCA